GCAACAGCUGUCACUUUUGUGUCUUUUGUGCUUAAAUUAUUAAAUAACUGAGGUUUUGAAAUGUUUUAGUAAAAUGUAGGAUUUAUUCAGACUUUUGUAAAAGGUCUUUUAUAUUGUGUGAUUCUUAAUUGCCAAUUCAGAAACUCGUAUUUGUAGUUUUCAAGAGGAAUUGUUGACCCAAUUGAGUUACUUAUGAUAUAUGUGUGGGGCUAAUGGACUACGAUUUGAAUAUUAUUAAACUGGAAGUUGGAAUUAUGACGGGUUUCGAGCAUUUCCUUGGUCCCGCUAAAGUGUUACCGCCUCUCUUGCUCCACAUAUCGCCACAUUCCAUGAUCAGCAAUUCUCGGUUUAUCCGGUAGCAAAAUGUCCAGCUCAGAAUCCGGCGUGGGAUGCGUUAGCGAGGUGACACUUGCUAUUAGUAAAACGAAGAGUUCACAAGCAGGAACAGUUCGGGUUCUCGAUAGUCCCGAUUCAGAUGGAUCUGGACAUUCUAAUUCCUUUACAGUACAAAGCUUCAAUUAUCCAGAAGAAGCGAAUUCGAAUGGAAAUUUAGAAAAUUUCCAGGGAUCACUUUUAGCUGAAGACUUAAGGAUACCUAUUGUAGGAUACGAGGUUAUGGAAGAAAGGGCCAGAUUUACAGUUUAUAAGCUAAGGGUCGAGUUGAAAACUGGAGGCUGUUGGUUUGUUUUCCGACGAUACACGGAUUUUUUUCGUCUGCUAACGCAAUUACGAAGACAAAAGGCUCCAAUUUCUCAUUUAACUUUACCUCGAAAGAAAUGGUUGGGUGAUAACUUUGCACCCAGUUUUCUAGAAGAGCGAAUACGGGGCCUUCAAACAUUCGUAAAUGGAUUAUUAAACAGUUCAGAACUCCUAUCAACGCCAUGCGUGAGAGAGUUCUUUUGCCUUGACGAACCUCCCACGUUAUCGGAUACUGUCGAGGAAUCUAGAGCAAUUUUCGAAGCUCUGGAAGAUACAAUCUACCAUCUGAGACAGCAGCUAAAAGAGAGAGAAGCUGCUCUCGUAGAAGAAUCAAAUCACAGUAAUGAACUACGGAAACAGCUUCAACAAAUAAUGAAUGAAACAAAGUUGUGUUCAAAGUGCGGAGAACCCACCUAAUAAUAGUUGCACGGAAUCGAGUGUCUUCCUUUCUAAUUAUCGAGAUAUCGAUAAUUAAAGUCAAGAUGAAAUCCGGCCUUGAGCAGCAGAUAUUGAUGAAUUUACAAAAUGCUACAAAAGAGAGUGUGAAUGAGAGUAUAGAUCGACAAAAUAGAAUAGUUUGAAACAAAGACGGUUUGUGGAUCAUGCCUUAAAUUCAAAUAUUUUUCUGGAAGACAAUAAAUAUAAGGGUGUUUAGAUUUUACUUUUUCAUCACUCGUUUUUUAACGAGUAAAUGAUAUUUAUUAAGAGCUGUUGAUAUUGAUAAGUAUCGCAACUAGAAUAUAUUAUUUCCGGUCAUUAUUCAUUGUAGUGACUGAAAAAGAGCGACAAAGUGGUACAGCGACUCAGGGGAACGAUUAUCAAUUAGUUGAUGAUGGAAGAAGCUGACACGGUACAGAGAUGAAUUAAUUGUUAUAAUUCGUAGAUAAGCUUGGACUAGAUUAACCUUUCUAUAAAAAAUGGAGGGAGAUGCUAGUUAAGAAGUUUGAUUACAAGGAGGGUAUUAUUUACUAUGACCAAGAUUUUUUUAUUUACGAAGACUAAUUUUAUUCCGGAUUAGGUUUCUAGAAAUGUUUCAUUAAAAUGAAAUAAAGUAAUUUCCUUAUAUCCAAGGGUUCUUUGGUUGAAAAUUGCAAUCAAGCACUUGAAAAUUUAGAUAUAAAAGAAUUUGAAAAGACUGAUAAAUACAUGCUAGGAUUUAAACAGGCACAGAACCACAUUUUUAAAUUAACAGGGUUUGUAAAUUCUUCAGUUUUUUUGGACCAGUAUACUGCCCUACGGAAGUGCCUUUUACUACGUAACCAAUAAAAUGGUUUGGGUUAUCAUCUAGAAUAUUAUUAAAAAGAAAAUUUCUCUUUGUUGGUAAAAUGUUAUGAAAAUAUCACCAAGUGAUGGAGUGUAGAUAUUUAAAAGUAUAUUGAAAAACUGUUUAUUGAAGAACCAGGAUUUAAAACUUAGUUUUUCGACCUGCAUAUUAUAUUCUGAAUUAUAUUAUAUUUAAUCUGCUUCGAGUGAAUUUUAAAUGCAACAAUUUGUUCUCGAAGUAGCAGAAAGAAACAGUGAUAUUAUGUAAAAAGGUAAAGUUAAUGUAUACAUUCAUAUGGAUAAGGAAAUAUAUAUUUAUAGUUUUAGUCCUCUGUUAUGAAUAUGAACGAGCACUUUAUUUAUAACGAAAAGCGUACGAGCGCUCGAUGUCAUUGUGCCAAUAGAACUACGCAGUUUAAGAACUUUUUUACAGGGCUGCAUUUAUUAUAAGUGGUAAAUGUAAAUAGUAAUGAACUAUACAUUGAAACUUGUUUUGUCCUUGAAGUUAUUGAAUAAACUCUUUAAAC